GGUAUUAUAUGCUUUUUUAUUUGUUUAUUAGCCUAACAAAGUAUUAUUAAUAUCUGUUUUCAUUUUCAUUUUGUUUUCUUCCCGUGACUUGCAUGUAGGAUGAAUGAGCUUUUUACUCUACAUGUCCACCAUGGUGGGCAUUUCAUAUGGAACCCUCAAGCGUAUGUGGGAGGGACAGUUGAUAUAGUGGAUAAUUGUGACCCAGAUAGGUGGUCAAAAGUAGAGAUUAAGAGAAUAUGUAGGGAUUUUGGCUACUCUGAAGUAGAUAAGCUAUGAUAUAAAAUGCCUGGUGUGGACCCAGAGCGGUCAAAUUUCCAUCAGGUGGUUGAUGAUGAUGCUGCUAUGUUCAUGACUGACUUGGUGAAGGGAUAUGGGGAGAUUCAUGUCUUUGUGGAGCAUCCAGUGCAUGAACUAGUUGAGUUACCAGUGGAGGAUUUUGAUCCCUUAGCUGCUGGAGUACCUGGUAAUGAAGUAGAAGGUGUAGGUGUAGAGGUUUUUGCUAGUGACAGAGUGCUUCAAAAUGAUAAUGAAGAGUACAAACCUGAUUUUUCACAAUUUGGAGGCCAUGAUAAUGCUGAAUUUGUUAAUGUUGACCAUGGUGAGCCACAUGAGGUAGAUGAUGAGGAAGUUUGUGCUAGGAGGGCUGGCAAAGCACCAGUUGUUGAUGACCAAGUUGAGGAGAGUAGUGAGGGCAGUGAGGGUAGUGAGGGCAGUGAGGGUAGUGAGGAUGAGAGGAGUGACUUAGAAGAAGAGCCAGAACUAGAAGUGCAACCAAUGAAUAUUGGUGAAGAUAGUCUUGAUAGUUGGGACAAUCAAGCUGAAAAUGCUGAGGUUGAAGCAGGACAAAUGGGUGGUGGUGUCAUGAAUUCUGACUAUGAGAGUGAGGAGUUGCUUAGCCUUGAUGAAUCAUCAUCAAGCAGUGAGGGUGGUGAUGAUUCAAGUGAUGAUGACAUCCCUGUUGCUGAGGUUGACAAUUCUAUUAGGAGCAGCAAAUAUCCAAUCUUUAGGCCAGUAGCCAAAGCUGAGAACCUUAGGUUUGAAAAGGAUAUGUUGUUCAUCUCAGCUAAACAAUUUAAAGAUGCUAUAACUGAUUAUGCAGUCCAUAGUGGGUGGGGUAUAAAAUUUGUGAAAAAUGACUUGGUGAGAGUGAGAGCCCGAUGCCAGCCAAGGUGCAAUUUUGUUGCCUACCUUGCAAAGGUGCCAAGGGAGAAGAGUUUUAGAUUGAAAACACUGAACAUGGAACACACAUGCAGCAGAAGCUAUAGAAAUCCAAGGUGCACAACAUCAUACAUUGGGAAGAAGUUAGUGAAGAGGGUUAGGAGAUAGCCUGGCAUAAAGCUUAAGGAUAUUCAGGAGGCUGUGCAUGAGAAGUAUGUGGUUAACAUAAGUACAGGCAAGGCAAGUAGGGCUAGAGAGAGAGCUCAAGAUGCUGUUAAUGGGAUCCACACUGCACAGUUCAACCAACUAUGGGAGUACUGUGAUGAGUUGAGAAGGUGCAGUCCUGGGAGCACAAUAUUGAUGAAGGUGCAUACUUAUGAGGAUGGUGAUUUGGUAGCUGAGCAUGGAUUGGCAACCGGGCUGCCAUAUUUUGAAAGAAUCUACAUCUGCCUUGAAGGUUGCAAGAAGGGCUUCUUGGCAGGGUGCAUGCCAAUCAUUGGUCUAGAUGCAUGCCAUCUGAAGACCAAGACAGGUGGUCAGCUGAUGUGUGCUGUUGGCAGAGAUCCCAAUGAUGAAUACUUCCCAUUCGCAUAUGCAGUAGUAGAGGCUGAAACAAAGGACAGUUGGACCUGGUUUCUUAAUUUAUUACUUGCUGACAUAGGAGAUGACAAGCAAUGGGUGUUCAUAUUUGACCAACAGAAGGUAUGAUGGUAGCUUUAUUGCUUGUUGAAUUAUUUGUAGUUAAUGGUAGCUUCAUUGCUUGCUGAAUUAAAUGAUUGUGCUUUGCAGGGGUUGGUGAACACCUUUGUUGACAAUUGGCCACAGUACGAGCACAGGAUCUGCUGCAGACAUUUAUACCAAAAUUUGAGGAAAAAUCAUCCUGGUGUCAUUAUUAGAGACAUUUUUUGGAAAGCAGCCAAGGCUACCUAUCGGCAAGCAUUUGAGAGGGCAAUGAAUGAGCUAAAGGAGGUGGAUGAAGAUGCAUUCAAAUGGCUGCAAUCUCAGUCAACAACUAUUUGGGCUAGGCACAUGUUCAAAAGUGAUGGCCAGAGUGACACGGUCUUGAACAACAUGUGUGAAAGCUUCAACAGCACGAUAGUUAAGUUCAGGAGCAAACUUAUAAUCACCAUGCUUGAAUGUAUUAGGCUAUAUCUGAUGACUAGAUUUCAAGCAAACAGAGAAAUGAUUAUGAAGGUGGAAUCUGAGUUGUGUCCUAAGAUAAGGAAAAGGCUGUACAAGGAGAAGUUGGCAUGCAGCAAGUGGAUAGCAUGUUGGGUUGGUCGUAUGAAGUUUGAAGUGAAGAAUGGGCUUGAGAGUUUCAUUGUGGACUUGAAAGAGAAGAAAUGCAGCUGUAGGAAGUGGGACAUAGUUGGCAUACCAUGUUGCCAUGCCAUUUCUUGCAUAUUUUUCAACAGAGAAGAUGCUGAAAAGUAUGUCAAUGCUUGCUACAAAAGGACUACCUACAUUGAUUGCUAUGAACCCAUUAUAGAGCCCAUCAAUGGUCAGAAUAUGUGGGGUCCUAGUGGACUGCCACCUGUGCAACCCCCUAUCAAGAGGAGACCUCUUGGCAUGCCUAGAAAGAAGAGGGCACUGGAGCCUGAUGAACCUAGAAGUCACAGAAAAAAAAAGAGGCCUAGGCAUCUCAAAACAAUGCAAGUUAUGUGGGAAAUUAGGACACAACAAGAGGAGCUGCAAGGGAGAAGUAGGAGGGAACUCCUCCUUGCCUGGGAGUGCAUCCCAAGCCAGUAGGACCACUAGAAGGGCAGCUAAGGAUGCUUAGCCAACAGUACACAGGGCACAACCAAGCUCUAAUGAUGAUGUGACCGCAAGUGCACCUCCACCCCCCACUGAUAACCAGUCCAAUCGAAGACCAAAAAAACAGAGGAAGAGAAGUGCAGUCACUACUGAAACCUUGAAUGCAACUGGGAAUGCAGCAAGAUAUAUGGCAGCAAUGAGAUCUGCUAAAAGAUAGCAAACUGAAGCAGGACCUUUUUUUUGUUGUUGUGCUAUAUGUUGAAGCACUCUUCAUAUAUUUAUGUAACUGCUAGAACAAUUGGCAUGUGUUUAUGGGUUGACCAAGUCCUUUUUUGUAUGAAUGUGCUUUGUCCCAUAUUUUGUAAUUAUUGUGGUACACCAAAAACUACCAUUGGUGUUAAAUAUUUUGUAAUUAUUCUCCCAUUGUUAUGAUGAUUCAGCUUCCAUUAUUCAUA